AUGGAAGAUCUAAUGAAGGCUUUUAUUAUUAAGACGGAUGAGAGAUGUGAAACUCAUGGUGCAACUAUUCGAAACUUAGAAAGGCAAGUGGGGCAGAUUGCUAGUCUGUUAUCCGAGAGGUCUCCAGGAACCCUCCAUGCGGACACCAAAAGGAAUCCAAAGGAAAUAAUAAAUGUAGUGUCUUUGAGGAAUGGAAAAGUAUUGCAAGGUCUGUUGGUAGCAGAGAAGAAUGAGUUAACGGGAAAUCAAGUUAAGAAUGAAGGAAAGCAAAAAAGUGAUGAGAAUCGUAGGAAUGAAGUGAGGGCAGAGCAAGAGGAUGAUCUGAAGAAGAAGAAUAAAUCUGAAGUUCCAACAAAGAAGAAGAAAGACAAACAAAAAAGUAAUGAUGAGAUCGAAGAGAGUAAAUAUAUGUCUGCUCUACCUUUCCCUCAGAAGCACAGAAGAGAGAAGUUGGACAAGCAAUUUGGGUAUUUUCUAAAAGUACUCAAGCAGGUGCAUGUUAAUGUACCUUUCACAGAGGUGCUUUCACAGAUGCCAGCAUAUGCCAAGUUCUUAAAGGAGAUAUUUUCCAACAAAUGGAAAGUCGAGGAGACAUUGGUAGUCAAGCUCACAGAGCAUUGUAGUGCCAUUCUACAAAAUAAGUUCCAUCAAAAGUGUGGAGAUUCAUGGAGUUUUACUAUACCUUGCUCUCUGGCGGAUCAGACCACAAUCAUACCUGAAAGAAUAGUGGAAGAUGUGCUAGUUCGGGUGGACAAAUUUGUGUUCCUUGUGGACUUCAUCGUGGUGAACAUGGAAGAGAAUAGGGAAGUCCCUUUGAUUCUAGGAGACCCUUCUUGGCUACUGGCAAAGCGAUUCUAG